AUGGGGACCCAACUUUUCCCCGGCUGGGUUUCGAAGGCCUUUUUUUGGCUUUCGAUAGCUAUACCAGCGAGUGCGAUUGAUUUAGACGUGUCGUCAAAAAAUUCGAUUUGUUCAGCCACUGCUCUUAUCCAAGAUGGUAUUAUGGAUUACUACGAUGCUAAUAACUAUGGCGGUAGUGUGGGUAUGUUUCAGGCCCCUUACUAUUGGUGGGAAGCGGGCGAAGUUUUUGGAGGUAUGUUGGAAAACUGGUAUCUGUGCCAGAAUACAAGCUACGAACAAGUUCUUUACGACUCCAUGCUAGCUCAGGCUGGGCCUGACUAUGACUAUAUGCCUUCCAACCAGUCGAUGGUGGAAGGUAACGAUGACCAAGGCGUUUGGGGGCUGACCGUCAUGGGUGCAGUAGAAAGAAAUUUCACAAAUCCUACGGAGAAGGGUGUGCCUGGCUGGCUAGCCAUGGUUCAAGGUGUGUUCAACACCAUGUACUCGCGUUGGGACGAUCAGCACUGUGGAGGCGGUGUCAGAUGGCAGAUUUUCACGUGGAACUCAGGCUACAAUUAUAAAAAUACCAUUUCCAACGCUUGCUUGUUCCAACUAGCGGCAAGAUUGGGUCGGUAUACCGGCAAUGACACUUAUAUUGAUGUUGCAGAAAAAAUCUUUGACUGGAUGGUCGACGUCGGAUACAUUGUUUUGAACGACACCGCCAACGUUUACGAUGGAGCUAAUAUUGACGAUAACUGCACGGAUAUUACGAAAUUGGAGUGGAGUUAUAACCAAGGUGUGGUAUUGGGCGGUGCCGCAUACAUGUACAAUGCUACAAAUGGUUCAUCCGAGUGGGAAACCAGAUUGUCUCAAGUGGUAGGAGGGUCCACCUCACUCUUUUUCAGAAACAAGAUCAUGUAUGAAAUGACGUGCCAAGAUGCUAAAAGCUGCAAUAAUGAUCAAAGGUCUUUCAAAAGUAUUUUCUCUCGAAUGUUGUCGCUUACCAGCGUGCUCGCCCCUUACACUGCCGACACAAUCAAUCCGUUGAUGGAAGCAUCUGCUGAAGCUGCAGCGAAAUCGUGUACAGGUGGUUCCGAUGGUCACACUUGUGGCAUGAACUGGGAAACGGGUUCUUGGGAUGGAUAUUAUGGACUGGGCGAGCAAGCCUGCGCAUUGGAGGUCAUACAGAGCUUGCUUUACGACCAAAGACCUGCGCCGUACACCGAUAGUGAUGGCGGAACUUCUGUUGGUGACGCAAAUGCUGGUCUGAAUAAAACAACGACGAACGUCUUGCAUAGCGAUUUGAAGAUCACUCACAAGGAUAAGGUGGGUGCAGCAAUUCUUACCGCUGUAGUGAUCGCAGUACUUGUAGGUGGGUCUGUUUGGAUGAUGUUCUAA